UUCGACAUUGAUCAGAUUGCUCUCGACGCGAAACCCUAAUUAAAAAGCAAACUAGACAGGCAGAGAAAGAAGAACGAAACCUCCGCUGUCGCCAAUCUUCCCCCCGAUUCUUCCGUUUCUUCAACCGCCGGAUUAGCGACCGGGGUUAAAAAGAAAGUAGAAGCGUCGCCGGCAGAGAGCGAUGUCAUACGACGACGUGGAGAUAGAAGACAUGGAGUGGAACGAGGAGCUCCAAUCGUUCACGUACCCGUGCCCCUGCGGCGAUCUGUUCCAGAUAACGAAGGAGGAUCUCCGGAUCGGUGAAGAAAUCGCUCGGUGUCCGAGUUGCUCCCUCUACAUCACGGUCAUAUACAACCCAGAAGAUUUCAACGAGGACAAGUCGAAGGGGAAGAAGCAAGGCAAUAUCAUCCAGCAGCCGCAGCAGCAGAUUCCUGUUGCUUGAAUUGAAUUUUCGCGGCAAUAUUUUAGGCUGUAGAAUUUUGCUGUUUGGUCUUGGCGCCAGAUUUUGUAUGAAUAUCAACGAAUUUUUGGCUUAAUGGCUGUAGUAUCAGUUCCCAUGGGAGACGUUUGAUUUUUUUUUUUAUGAUUGAGGAUUGAGCUUUGAGUCGCGCCAUGUCCACCAUAAUCCAUAUUCUCCUCGUUCAUAUAGUUGCUUCUUGAAUCUUUGCAAUUGCAUAAGGAAUGGACAGUGGACACUCCUCGCCAAGCUUCACUCACUUGUUUUGUCAAUGAUAUUGACAUGUUACGUGGUAUUUGUGUGGUAAUUGGCCCAUAAAUAACAAGUUUUUGAAAUUAUCAAUCCAAACAACAUAAAGUUUUCUUUUAUACUCAACUUUGAAAUAUUCUCAAUUCGGAUUAUAUCGUUGUAUCGAUUUAUCAAGUGGUAAAAUUCGACCGGUUAGAUAAUUGGUUUGUGUUAAAAUAUUAAAAAAAAACCUUUAUGAAUGUAACCAUAUAGAAAACAUAUUUGAAAACAAUUUUCUUACCAUCUAUAUUCAUAUUUAAAUAUAGUAUUUAACGUCAACAUUCAAACUUUUAUACUUAAAUCCAACAAAUAACAUCCACAUUUUAAGUUUCAAAUUAAUAAAAUAAAUCAAAAUUUAAGUUUAUUAUUAAUUAAAUUCACUAAAAGGAUGUCAUUUUGUAUAUAAGUCGAAAAUGGAUCAUGCGGGUCAUACUAGUAGUAUUCAUGUCAAUUCGUUACCGGAAUCGAUUGAACCAAAUUCGACAGUUGGCAUUCUACGGCGAGACAACACUGCUUAUGCUUCUUUCAUUUCUCUUGCUUUUUGGCCUUUUCCUAGGCAUUGCAGUAAAAAAACGUGAUUUUAUGUAUAAGCGUUUUGGUGAACUAGAAGUAUAAAAUCGUAAGUUUUUAUGCUUUAAAGCAAAGAUUUUGACUACAAUUGAAAGGCCUGCGCCAGGGUGAUCCCCUAUCUCCUUUCCUAUUCUCAAUAGCUAUGGAAGUUUUAUCGUGUAUAUUGAAUAAAGGUGCUACUUCUGGUGAGUUUCCAUUUCAUCCAAGAUGUAAGAAGCUAGGCAUCACACACCUUGUGUUCGCAGAUGACUUACUGCUAUUCUCCAAUGGUUCUACUAAAGCAGUGGAGAGUGUAAAAAGUCUGCUAGAUAAAUUCUACAGGCUUUCAGGUUUGAGGUUUAAUCCAGAGAAGAGCCAAUUAUUCUGCACAGGGAUUGAUGAGGCAGAACAUGAUCGAUUGGCUCGGUGAGCAGGCUUUCAGAAAGCUUCUUUACCAGUUCGUUAUCUAGGAGUUCCUCUUAUCGCAGGGAAGCUUACUACAAGUGAUUGUCGUGUGCUAGUUGAGAAGAUCACAAAACGCAUCUUUGGAUGGAAGCCUAGGCUGCUCAGUUAUGCAGGUAAACUUCAACUCAUCACUUCUGUAUUAAAUAGUCUAUCCUACUUCUGGAUGGAUGUGUUCCUUUUUGCCACUGUCCAUCAUAAAGGAGAUAGAGCAAAUAUGUUGCAAGUUUCUUUGGGGUAUAGAUGAAGAUUCCAUGAGAAAGAAAGCAGUCAUGGCUUGGGGAUUGUUAGCAAUUCCAAAAAAGAUGGUGGACUAGGAAUUCGUUGUCUAAAGACGUGGAAUAUAUCUUGUGCUACGAGGCAUAUAUGGGCUCUGCUUGCUAAAGAGGGGUUCUAGUGGGUUACAUGGAAUUAUCAGUAUCAAAUUAAGCACCUGACAUUCUGGGAAUUAAGAAAAGGAAGUACUGCCUCAUGGGUUUGGAAGGUAAGGGAUAAGGUGGAAGGUUUCUUUCGCUGUUGGGGAACACAAGUCUUUUGGAAUGAUAAGAGGAUGUUGCGUUAUUCUGUAAAGUAGGUUUGGCAGGAUUUACAGCCGGCUAGACCUCUAGUGCUCUGGUAUUAGCUUGUAUGGGGACGACACUCUAUUCCAAAGCAAAGUUUCUUAAGUUGGAUUAUAACACGUAACAGGAUCACUACACUGGACCAAUUGAAGAGCCGAGGGAAGGUAUUGGAUGCUAAUUGUUUGCUCUGUUAUGCUCAUACAGAGGAUAGAGACCACUUGUUUUUCCAAUGUCAAUAUAUAUUCCAGGUGCUGAAGGGUUGUUUACAAAUGCUUAAUCUAAGCUGUCCUCAUCUAGUCAGCUAUGAAGAUUACUUGCAGUGGGCAGUGAGGAACUUCAAAGGCAAGAAGGAGUUAGCUAUGGUUGGCCGAUUGGUUUGGAAUUUAGUAGUAAGCUCGAUUUGGCGGGAACGUUGUGGUAGAUUGUAUGGAAGUAAUUCAAUGCAGUAUGAGGAGCUGAUCAGGACGGUUCGAAGGGCGAUUGAGCUGGCCAGACAAGGAAAUGUAGCACUGGACACUGACUGUCGAGUGGUGUUUAGUCAGUAAAGGAAUGGAAAGAAGCAGAAUGUAGAAACAGACUGUAGUAGUACAAGUUCUUUUGUUUGUUGUAUAAAAAAGAGUGUAGUAGAGCAGGUCUCAGCUUGCUGUACAAUUGUAAAUGGUCCAGAUGUGUAUUCCCUGUUCUGGGGGACACAUAGAGCUUAAUAAAGUUUUUUGAUAUUGCCCAUAAAAAAAGCACGAUUCUACGUAGAAGAAUUUUGGUGACCGGUAAAUGUAAAAUCGUAAAUUUUUAAGCAUUAAAGCGCGAUUUUGACUGUAUUUUUCCUAGGGUUUUUCCCCAGCCAUAAGUGGAUUCUCCAGACUUCUCUUUUUCGAGCCAUCAUUGGCUUUUCCAACCUUAGUGGCAUUUUCCUUUUUCCUUCGCGGAAUCCUCCAGCAAUCCUCUCCCGUGAAGAUGGAUGUGUCUUCCUCUAUUCAAGGUUUACUAUACCAGUUUUGGCCUCGCUCUACUAUGGGUCCAGAAUAUGCAGUUUGGGAGCCUCUGCUAGAUCUUAUGUGAAGGUGUUCUUCAUUCUUGGUGUGGUCAUCUAUCUAUGUGAUCACAUUCACCGUUAACCAUCCAUCAAUGUCCCCAAAGCUUGCUCUAUGAGUUCCUUCCGAUUGAUUAAAAUGGGUAAAAUUGUCUCUUCCGACAGCCGCAACGUCUUUUCCAUAGUUUACUGAGUUAUGAGCUCCAUCCAAUGUAGUCAAAAUCCCGAUUUUAAUCUUAAAAUCUUACGAUUUGACGAUCUUACCUAUGGGUUCCGAUCAUGAUUUUACUGUAAAAUCUUUGAACCUUAAAAUCUCAUAAAAUUCCGAUUUAAAACUCUAAAAUCCAUAAAAUCUACGAUUUUUACGAUUUUGUACGAUUUCAAGGUUCAUAUCAAUUGGAUCAAUAUUAGGCCGGUCAAGUUGGGUUAUGCCCAUGAAACGAGUCAAAUUUACUUUCCCCAACCCAACAUAAUGAACAACACAACCCCAACCCCAACCUGAAGUUAACCCUCAAUUUAUUUUCAUUCUCUUCCUCGUAUCUUCCUCUUUCGCACGUCGGCGCCCAACUCCUUCCAUCAACGAUAUCUUCCACCCUCCCAAUUAGCUUGUAGUUUGUUCUGAUCACCCUCACAAUAAUCCAAAUCUCCAUUACAUUGCAAGCUUUUGUUCAUCUCCCAAUCCUUCAGCACCACUAACCCGACCUUUUAUCAAUUAAGAAGGGAAUGCAUCAAUCAAUGAGUUAUCUUUUCCAGAUGAUGGUAAUCAAGGAAAUAUGGUUAAUGGUGAAAGUACUUCAAGUGAUCAUAAGAGUAAUGAUAUUAGUCCUUAAACAAAUAAAAACGAUGAGAGUGAGGGUUAGGUUGAGGAUGAUGACGAUAAUGUGUAAGUGAUGUUAAUGUUGAUUCUAACGAUCUUAUGUAAUUUUCUACUCUUAACAAUUAAUUAACAGUGAUAAUAUAAUGUUUCAGGUUUCUUAUUUGUGUGUUUCUAUUAUGUACAAGAAAAAUAUAUGGAUUAGUUGUGUUUGUUUAGCAAACAAACUUAUCUUGGGAAGUAAUUAUGCUUUAAGUGGUUGAUUGUUAUUCAAGAUAGGCAUUUUAUUACUAUCUAGUGUUUUAAGUAUUUAUUUUAAUAUGAACCUUAAAAUCUUACGAUUUUACGAUUUUAAUCUACGAUUUCGAUUCUACCUCAGUUUUCGAUUUUACUUAAAAUCUAGAUUUUGACUGCAUUUGCUCCAUCUAGGGUUGAUUUGUUUUUGUGGUUGGGGGUUGGUUGGGGUAGUAUGGUUGUUACUUUCUUAUGCUUUGGUUAUGGAAUUUUGGGUUGUUCUCUUUAGGUGUUUUCUUGAUCUCUACAGGGGGUCUCUUCUUGGUGUUUGUGAUUUUUCUUAUGCUUGUAUUAUUGGUUCAUCUUUGCUGGGGUUUUGGUUUCUACAAGGGGUUUUCUGAGUUGUGUUUUGGGGUUUUUUUGUGUGCUUUAUUUUGGUUUGCUUUCAACCCUUGGAUGCUUUGUUGCUCUAUUUUGUCAUGGGUGUCUCUGUCUGUGGUUCCAUCGGCCUUGCUUCAACUCUGAGAAGUCCGGUUACAAUCCUUUCCACCGCGAUGAAAUUCCAAUUCAGUGAUUCACUGUGAUGGGUCGUCGUUGAGAAACUCCAGGAUGUGGCAUAUGGUGUUGCUUUGUUUAGUUGUCAUGGUCAAUUUUGUAUUGGAUUAUGCUUUGUGCUACUUCCAUGAAUGAAGUUGCAAAGAGUGUUUUUGGAUGCUUUGUUUCUUGGAUCAAGAAAGAUAAUCUCUUAUUUGGUUUGAUCAUGCUUUUCCUUUCGUCAUUUCGAGCUUACCACUUUGUGUCAGUGUGCUCAUCUAGAUGAUGAGGUUGUCCCGCUUGUUUCAAGAUUUCAUGAUGUAACUUCCUCUUUGUAGUCGAAUGUAUUCGAAGUGCAAUAUAAGUGAUAUCAUUGUAAGAAAAUAUGCAAACAACCGAAACUAGAUUGACGUCGAUGUUGGAAAAAUGACAAGUAGUACCCAAUAUUCUUUAACUUACACAAUUUUCCUUUUCGACACAUACUUGUUUCAUCUCCAAAUUUGUCUUCCUCUCUAAGUGUAAGUCUCAACAAAGGACUUAUAGCCACAAGUUCCAGCUAUAUAAGUUGUGACUUGUGAGAUGCAAUGAGAACAACCACAUUUUUAGGGUUUCACAAAACUAAAGGCGUUGUUAUGGUAUCAAAGUUUGGUUGCAAGCCCUAACCUCUUUUGCAACCAUGAGUCGAGAAGCAGAAGUUGUCAACAACAAUCGUAACAAUGGUGAUCCAACAACAUAUUUUUACUAUUUUCAUGGAUUUGAAAAGCUCGAGUUGGUGUUGGUGGGAGAGAACUCACCCCACUAACUACAACGAUUAUAGCAAAGUCAUGUACAAUACUUUAGAGGUCAAGAACAAGUUUGAUCUCAUCAAUAGCUCCUUCCAUAACCCAUGAGAAGAAACUCCUUUGGCAUGGUCAUGAAGCGUAACAACGUCAUGGUUCUUGCCAUGAUCCAACAAGCAGUUGAUCCCGACAUUAGAAAGACUAUCAUGUAUUGCAAGACACCUCAUGGAGCAUGGAGAAGUUUGAGAGCAAGGAUUGGCCAGGGUGAUAUGGUAAGGAUAACAGAGUUGACUGACUGAGACUAUCUGCUACUUGGAUAAUAAAGGUAACCAGUCAAUUACUGAUUACUAUGAAACUUGAAAUCAUAAGAGAUGAACUGAGAACUAUCAACCUUUGGAAUAUAGUGAUUGCACAUCAUCCAACCAUGCCAACUACAAAGCCAUGAACAAGUGUUUGAGUAUAGAGAUACCAAUUAUGUAGUCCAAUUUUGAAGAGGUCUGAUUGAAAUUCUUGUUGGUGGAAGGUCACAUGUUCUUUUUGUUGUUGUUUUACCAUCAAUUUAUCAAGUUCUCCAAAUGAUGCUUCAACAUGAGAGGCAACACUACGAGACUCAACGUACUAAAGCACUUGUUGUUAAGAUGGAUGGUUCUAUCGUACACUAGACAAAAGUUGGUGUAUGUCAUACACUAGGGAAUCUCCACCGCACGUGUCCACCUCAAUGGUCAGCGUAAUUGUUGGUUCUGUUUUCGUGGGAUUAUAAAAUAAAUUAAUGCAUUUAUUUUUCAUAGUGGGCACUAGUAUGCCCAAAAAUGCAUUUAUUUUAUUUUUUUGCAUUUAUUUUUCGUAUAAGCACAACUUAAAAUCAUUAUUCCUUACCGUAAAAAUAUCAUUAUUCUUUACUAAAAAAUGGAGGCGAUACUAAAUUUUCCCAUUUUUUCGUAGUGGGCACUAUUCAUAGGAUUUUUUAUACUCUACAACCAAUUUUUAUAAUAAACUAUUUUUUCCUAAAUCAAUUGUUUACCAUAAGCUCUUUAGACAGUCAGUUAAAGCUUAUAAUCUAUAACCGUCGCCAAGCACAUACUAGUAUUUUAUAGAUAAACAAGGGGAAAAUAAAAUACACCUGCAUAGCUAUAACUUUCGUGUUUUGUCAAUUAAUAGUCACUUUUUGAGAAAUACACAAAAUAGUCAACUCCGUCUAGUUCUUCAAUGGUGUCAUCUAAUAGGCUGAUUGGACUAAUGAAAAGGUUGACUUGGCUACAUUUCGUCAAUAACAAUGUGAGGUUGAAUCUACUGAAAAAAUUAAAAAAAGUUCAUUAAAUGUUUUUAUUUUCUCUCUUCUCUCUCUGUUCUUUCCCCUUCCUUUCUCCCAACCGCCAGUCCAAGAUGGAAUUCAAUUGUGUCACCUCCCACCUAGGGAUGACAAUGGGGCGGGUUUGCCUAAACCAUCCACAUCCCCGCUUUCAAAUAUCCAUACCCAUACGGGAGGAGGUUUUGCAAACCCAUCCCCAUACCCGUGGGUUUUGGGUACUCAUGGGUAAUACCCGCCCCGUACAUCCAAUAUUCUAAUACCUAAUAUUUUACAUGUAGAUUUUUCAAUUAUAAUUUAUAACAUUAAACACACCUACUAUAUUAGAAGUCGACAAAGAGACAAUCAUUUUUAAUACGGUUCAAAUCAUCUUAUCCUAAAAGAUCCAUUAAUCCUUAAGAUAAAGUACAAUAUAAUCCAAAUCAUCAUUCUCUACUAUGAUACAUCUAUUAAGUAAUAAUUAACAAACAUAAUCUAA